AGCUUAGAGAUAUUUAGUAACACUCAACAAAAACCCUUUUUCAAUAUCUCAAUCAUAAUCAAUCAUUCAAUAUGACCAAUGUCUUAAUUGUAGGUGCCACUCGUGGGUUAGGUGCAUCACUUGCGAAGAAUUACGCUUCGCAACAAUCAACAACCGUUUAUGGAACCACUCGUGCUGCCACUGGCCCAUCCGAUCUGAAUGAAAAGAUCGUAUGGAUACCCAAUAUCGAUGUUGCAGAAGAAGGAGUAGGUAGAAAAUUGGUGAAUCAGUUGGGUAUGCUUGGAGGUGGUGGUGGAAUGGUCGAGGGUGGACGAGUUACAUUUGAUGUCGUUAUUAUCACAGCUGGAUAUUUUGCCACAGAAGACUUUGUAAAUGGUCCAAAAUGGGAUGAACAAGUGAAGAUGUACACAACAUCAGCCAUCUCUCCUCCCUUCAUAGUCCAAUCUUUGUUCCGUGCCAAGAACAUCACCAAAGGUUCCAAAAUUCUUCUCAUCUCCUCCGAAUCGGGCUCAAUUGCUUUGCGACACGAGAAAGAAGGUGGCGGUAAUUAUGGGCAUCAUGCCUCGAAAUCUGCCCUCAACAUGGUUGGAAAGCUCCUUUCGCUAGAUUUGAAGGAGCAUGGAAUAAUUGUAUCGAUUCUGCAUCCUGGAUUCAUGCGAACAGAGAUGACAAAAGGGGUAGGAUUUGAUAAAUAUUGGGAUGACGGGGGGGCAGUAACGCCCGAUGAAGCUGCGAAGAGCUUGGUCGAAUGGACAGAGAAGCUAGACAUCAGUAAGUCGGGUCAAUACUGGGCACCAAGAGGUCCUCGAGAUAUUGGUACCGCGGAUGUAACAAUCGGGACGGAUCUGCCUACACCUCUGCAAUUACCAUGGUAGUGAUGCUGACGGGAUUGGCACACGACGCUUUAUGACGAUUUUGAUAAUGAAUAGUAGCGCUGCUUCAUUUGAGGUAACCUCUCAAAUCUGACUAAGUAUCACAGUUUGAAACAUGACAGUUCAAGCAAAUGUAACAGUGAAAAGCGGUAUAAGAUUUGACAUGGCGGAUAAUUGAGAAAAUAAAUAAUGGCACGGAGAAGUUAGCUGGCUAGCAGUUUUUCCAUGAAUUCCUCACAUCGCUGUUAUUUUCUGGGGCAGAAGAAAUACAACAAAGCC